AUGGUCUUUCGAGAUCGUCAAGGUCUCUCGCCUCAACCAUCCAAUGAUCUUGUUCGAUCACCGAAUCAUCGUGAUCGUUACCUGGACAAUUGUUUUCUAUUAUGUAUCAAUCGCGAUCAUGAUGAUGUUGAAAUACCAGAAAUUCGUCGAUUGGAAAACAAUCUCAUGCGAGAAUUAUGCAAUAAAACUCAAAGUAAAUCUCAACAACAAUCGAGAAGUUACUUGGACGAUCGAGAUGAUGAGCAAAACUACGAUCUCAAAAAUGACGAAUAUCUCAAUUCGAGACAAGAGAGAGAAUAUGAAAGCAUGUACCGCCGGAGAGGCUAUCAGCAAGAAAGAGCUUCUUCAUCAAGAACAGAUCGUUCGAGAUACUAUCGAGAUGAUACUAUUGAUAAUUAUCAAUAUCCCCGACCUGUGAGAUAUCAAAACGAUUACCAUAUCAUGCAGCACAGCGAUGAUGAACUAUCAGUCUAUGAAGUUUAUGUACCGACCAACACACUAAAUCGCAUAUCAGACAAACAAGUAGAUAAUAACAUGGUUUUAAUUGAUUAUGAAGAUAUAUCAAUGAUGCGUGAUAUAAAAAAUGGUCUAACGCCUUAUGGACAUUCACCACGAAAUAUUCCUUCACACUAUAAUAAUUAUCGACCUUUAAAUCAAUACAAUGAUUAUAGUCCUCAGUAUCAAAAUCCAUACGACGGGCAAUUACAAAACUAUCCAACUAAUAAUUUAUCUCAAGCGUUUCCUAACUAUUACGGAAACGAAAGAGAUCGACAGCCAUAUGCUCCACAAUCAGGACAAUUCUUUCCAAGCAGUAUACCUAUUGAUCGUUCUAAUGCAAUUAACGUUCGUCGUCAUAUUUAUUCACCAUCGCAAUUACCGCAAGGUCUAACUGAAGGACAACUUGUCAUGUUAUUGCAGAAAGGUAAUCAAUAUCAAACAGGCAAAUCGCACCCACCAACGCAAAAUGAACCGCAACCAUCAUCAACAACAGCAAUAACUGUGUCUCACAAAUCGUCACCAGCUCCCAACGGUCACCUGGAGCCUUUUCAAAAUUCAGAAUAUGUUCCAUCGCCACAAAUCAAAGUACCACCACAAAUAAUCGAUCAUCACUUAACAACUGAAGAGAGGAAAUCUCUCGACGAUUCAGCUAAACCUAUGGCUACAUUGAACCCGCCGCAUGCAGCGAAAGCAUCCAAAGAUAUUGAAUCGAAGGAGAGUGAAGAGAAGAAGAAAAAGGAGAAAACACAUGAAUCAAAAAAAGAUAAGAAAGAAGAAAAAGACGGUGGUGAUCAUCACAAGAAAGAUAGUAAAAAGGAAAAAUCGGGUGGAAAAGAGAGUAAAAAGAAGAAGAAAUAA